AUCUUGAACAAAAAAACGCUACUUUUGGAAAGACAAGCAAGAGGCUACGAUCGUCAUUUCUUAGUGCGGAACGGACAGAUGGGAAUUCCCAUAAGUGAAUGUAAACUUGAGCCAGUGUGCAAUAAUGUGUCUCUUUCAGGAAGAAACCUAUCCCUUGUUUAUUGUUGUGUGUCCUGGUCACUGUGUAACGAUCAAAAAGCUAUCACCAACCUAUCACCAAUCUAGAUAGUUUGUGUUGGACUUUCUUCUGGAUUGACUUUGGUAUCGUAUCAGUGUACAGUUAUUUAUGAGUAAGCGUUGUCUUCAAGAUGUUACCGGAUGUAUUUUCUUAAAGUACUUAAUCUGUAGUGCUUGGUCUAAGGCUAUGUCAGCUCUACACCAAGACAUGAUCGCUAUGGACCAUCCUUUACUAUUGAUUGUUCUAAAUAUCAAAUAAUAUAGUCUCACAGAUGUAAGAUUGAUUUAGUUUUAAAAACAAAGAGAUGGCGCCAACUAGUUAAAUGAAUGGCGCAGUGCUAACUUCAGAGAUGAGAGCCCUCUUCAACACAAAAAAUACCUAAAUUGGCAGCUCUAGACUAGAAUGUCAAGAGGAGCACGCACACUACUUUUGGUGCUCGCGUUGAGCUGGUUGAAAUUGGGGACACCACUGACCGACACCUACGCUGUUCUGGGACGUCCUUUCAGCUGGACAUGUGAUGUAGUAACAGCCAGUCAGCAGGGCCCUGUCAGAUGGCAGCUAAACGGGGUCACUCUUCAGACUGACCAAAAUGUCAUCAUCAACAACGACGGAACUCUGUAUAUUAAAAGUGUCCUCGACUCAAAUCUCGGGCGGUACACAUGCAUCGCAUAUGAUUCACAGACUUAUAUAGAGAGCACUGCCUGGCUGUACGCUGCCUACAUCAACUCAACGGUGGAUAUCGCUCCCAGAAUGCUCUCUGUCAUGCUGAAUGACGUUGUCUCGUUGGUCUGUAAGUUUGACGCCAGACCUGCUCCAGUGAUAACCUGGCUCAAAGACAACACGAGCCUUAAUCAAACUCAAAGAAUCAAAGUCAUUCAGAUGGACAGUGCCCGAAUCGUACUUCAGUUAACCAAUGUCACUUACUUGGAUAAGGGCAGUUACUAUUGUACGGUGAUGUCCUUAGAUCUCAAUCAGUCCUACUCUUCAGCCAAUGUCAACCUCAGCGUGUAUGGCCCUCCGAUGAUUACCUUAGGGCCCAAGUCAAAGACAGUUCCCAUCGGGUACAACAUUUCGUAUCCUUGUGGAUCUAUUUCUGAGCCUCCAGGAGUGGUCAGUUGGUCAUUUACAAACACUACCCUGUCCCCUGACAAUGUCGAUGCCUUUGGAACGUUGCGUCUUUACAACGUGGACCUUGUCAACUCUGGGACGUACCAAUGUACUUGGACCAACAGUUUCGGGUCAACAUCCUCUCCUGUGGUCUCUUUAACUGUGGCUGGGAAACCUAUGGCGCCGAUUAUUAUCACUCGACCAUCCAUGGUCAAGCUGAUGGAAGGAGAACUGUUGAACUUGGUGUGCACGGGAGAUGGGAACCCCAAGCCGUCUGUGCUGUGGAUACAUCCUAGUGGACAGGGCUUGGCUGUCGGAGACUUCAGCUUCAUCGGACUAAACCUAUCCACGUUUGGUGAUACAAUCAAAAAUCGUGCAUCGGUUAAUGAUUCUGGAACACUGUCACUUCAAAACAUCACUAGAUAUGAUGCUGGUAGCUACACAUGUGUAUUGGCAAACCCCGAGGGAAGCACCAACGCCAGCGCAGUGGUUGACGUUGAGUACGCCCCGUACUUUACCCAGACACCGCAAAGUUCGACAGUUAAAGAAGGCGGCACUUUCACUCUUCAGUGUAGCGCUGUAGCCAAUCCCGUAGCCGAAAUUACGUGGUCUACACCUAUAAAUACGAGUAGAAACAUCUCCGCUUCUGAUGCCAUUGGAAACGAGGUUGUUCUCAGCUCCGGAUCUCUCCAAGUAAACUUGUCCUACAGACGCCAUCAAGGGAUGUACACGUGCUUUGCUUCAAACAAAGUUGGUUCUGCUAGGGUAUCCGCUAGCAUCUCUGUGUUAGGUCCACCGGCAUUCCUGGUUAUUCCUGUCAGCCAAGGCGUGGUAGAAGGUGACUCCGUCAUACUUCAAUGCCAAGUUGACUCAAACCCACCUGCUACUGUGGAGUGGUAUUACAGAUACAUGGUUGACCCAUCCAUUCAAUCUACGGAUGUGGCUAAAAUUAAAGAGAUGCUGCUGUCUGAAGGCAACAUGCCAAAUGGAAACUUAACCUUGGUAGUUCCUCGCCUGACACCAAGAUACUCAUUGGACAACGGAACAAGCUUGAAAAUUAUCAACGUCCUGGAAAGCGAUGCAGGGCUCUACGUGUGUAUGGCAAGCAACAACGAAGGGAUGCGGUUCGAGCCUACUAUCUUACGAGUCAUCACUUUCCCCAAGUUUGAAGUGAUGCCGAAAAACCAGACAGUAAACCUUGGCUCUACCGUCACCCUACAAUGUUACAGUGUGGGAAUCCCUGUGCCUACACAGCGAUGGCUUUUCAACAACUAUUCCCUUCAGCUGAACUCAAGAAUCACUAAGGAUGCCAACGGAACCCUGACCAUAAACAAUGUUCAGCAGAGCGAUAUCGGAAUGUACACGUGCCACGCCAACAACCAGGCAGGGUCGAAGAACACAUCAGUUUACCUUCGUCUCACAGGCUUGCCCUAUUUCACAUCCCCUCCAAUAAAUAUUACAGUUUCUGAAUUCUCAGGCGUCGCCUUACCCUGCAGAGGCAACAGCUCAUCGCCCAUGUUCAUUUCGUGGUACACCUCCGACAGCAGCGGAUCUAGCUUACAGUUUUUGGCUAAAAUAAAAUACGGUGAAACGCAAACAUUGUGGACUGACCAACAGCAGUGGCUAAUAGCGCCAGAAGGUGAUUUGGUAUUCCAAUGUGCACUAAGAACGGACAAGUCGUGGUUUGUCUGUUCACUAGAAAACCAGGACGGGGUCACGACAUCCCCUCCGGCAUAUUUAUCAAUAAACUACGCGCCUUCUGACGUCAUGAUCAGCACCCCGAGUGUUUAUAGCUCACAAUCUUCGACUCUGAAUUGUUCUGGGUCGAGUAGUCCUGUUCCAGUAAUAACCUGGGUCACCCCCUUAAAGACUGUAAUUAACAGCACCGGUGUUGCUGGAGUAAUAGUGCGAGAAAUGCUUUUAGGAGAAAUGCUGCAAUCUUCUUUAACUAUCUCAAACACCAAUAACUUUGAGUAUGGAGGUAAAUGGCUAUGCCGGGCUUGCAACAUCCUCGGCUGUGCACUUCGGAGUGCAUCUUUGGAUGUCUCAGAAACGCCAGUCAUCGUGCGAGAAAUUUACGGUCGAGAUCUUGAAAGUGAGUUUUCCGUCUCGUGUAUUACAACAGGGCUGCCACUCCCUAUUAUAAGAUACUUUUUCGAGGAAACAGAUGUGAGUACUUUAGAUGGUCACAGGCUGAGCAACAACGUGAUGUACGUGACUAAAACUAAGAUAAAGUCACGGUAUAAAUGUGAUCCGGUGAAUAGGUACGGCAGCGUCCCCGUUACUUUUGAGGCGCCAACUAGAGCUAUCAUAACCAACGUCUUUCCCGACUCAACGUCCGCGAGAAUCAUUUUAACAUUCAAAGCCACCAUACCCAGCAUGUUACCUAAUCAAGUAGUCUUUCAGUCUAGACUUAGAGAUACUGAGGACUGGAAGAACACGACCUACUUCAUUUCUGACAAUGUUGAAGACUACUUGACUGUUGGAAAGAUUUAUUCCGUUGUCUCUAACAUAUCUUGUUCCAACAGCAGCUCCCUGCAAAUUACCACAACGUCCGCACCCCUCAUCAACGUCACUGUCGACUCCAACGGGGAUGCUUACGUCUACACCACAUCUGCAGAUGUUUUUGAUUUAAAACCUCUCUCCCAGUACGAUUUCCGUGCAUUUUUGGUCAAUAUUUUGGGCUCGGGUGCUGAAUCAUCAAUUUUCCAAUCUUCGACCAGCGCAGCGGCGCCAUCCCCUGUGACCAAUGUCACUGUUGACAUCAUCAAUCGCACGGCGUUUGUGAAAUGGAAACAUCCAGAUCCUCUGAACGGUGAAGUAAGGGAUACAGAAAUAUCCGCCAUGCUGUACAACUCAGCGUCCACCAUUGUCAAGCACACUAUAGUUGAUGUGGUCAAUCCUCCAGAAGUCUCAUUUCCAAAUUUGAACUAUGGUGAUUAUUUCGUAGAACUUUUCGCAUACAACCGACAAACUAACAAACGCAGCAACGUCACGAGAAUUCCUUUUCGGGUUAAAGAUCUUUUACUUGACUAUGCUCCUAGCAUUUCAGGCGUCAGAGCUUUGGAUGCGUUUUCUGUAGAAGUGAAUUGGACAUCAUCGUCAACCCCUGUGGAUUUAUUAGCUACGCUGACAGGGUUCGUUAUACGCGUGAGCUCAGCAGACAACCAGACGGAGAGUAGUAUGACGUAUAGUGUUAGUUAUACCAACGUGUCGACGUGGGUCGUGCAUAAACUAGAUGAGCACAAGCAGUACUCCGUGAGAGUAGCGUUCAUGAGCUCAGCGGGAACGGGUGCCUACUCGGAUCCAGCUAACAUCACCACGCCUUACUCCCCUUUCAGCGAGACACCCCUCGAAGACACGAGCCUCAGUGCAACGCUGAACUGGAAGAUUCUUGUCAUCGUGCUGGUCUGCAUUGGGGUGGCCGUAAUGGCCAUCGUGGCCGCUGUCGUUUUCACCCACCAGAGAAAACUGGGGAAGAGAAAGAGCGUUGACCUGCAGCACGGCAGGGGUCAGCGGUUGGAUGAUAGUAGUGAGUUUCGAGAGGAACAAGGUUCUGACAUUGGACAGGACGGUUCAAAGGUUGAAGGUUAUGACAAUAAAGGUUUUACUGGACACUGACUACAACGGCACAUUUAAAAGGCACGCAGCGUAGACUGUUAAAUAAGCCUUCUAACACUUUAGUUUUCAACUCAAUAAAUGUUAUAUAGGGCCUACCUUAGUAGUUUGAGACCAAAAGAAAAUCCACAGCCGAUCAGAGACAGCUAAUAGAGAACCUAAAUCGACCACCAACGGGCAAAGGUUAUGUCUGCGCUGGAUGUGACAAAAUAUGUUGGUCGCAGCUGGGACUGGAUAGCGAGCUGAAAUACUAUACUCCUCGUUAAUCUUCGGACUCGAAUAAAAGCCUAAUUAUUAUUAUUCUGUAGCUUACCACUAGCCAAAGAAUCCGCCUUAUAUAAAGCAGGGACGCACAACCUACGGACUGCGGGCCAUAACAACCAGUUAAGUCGCGCUGUUCAGCCCUUCGAAUGAAGCUGCAAGGGCAAGGUUGUUGUCCGACAUUUGUUGGAUGUGAUGUGGCCAGGCAAGGGCAAGGUUGUUGUCCGACAUUUGUUGGGUGUGAUGUGGCCAGGCAAGGGCAAGGUUGUUGUCCGACAUUUGUUGGGUGU